AAAAGAAGAAGCUGGCGCGCUCCCAUCAUCUACCUCCCUCCCUGUGCCGCCCCCAGUAGCAAGAGCUCCUCCUGCUACCUGUCCCGAACCGCCUGGUUGUCGAAGCGUAGCGCUUCCCUUUGUCGCUCGAUCGCCUGAAUAGCCCCGACGACCUCGUCCCAGAUCCCGCCAGCUGCCAUGGCAAAGACCGUCGUCAUCCUGGGCGGCGCCUACGCCGGCGUUUCGCUCGCCCACCGGCUCCUCAAGCAGACGAAGCCCCACGUCAAGGACCUCAAGGUCAUCCUUGUCUCUAAGAACAGCCACUUCUACUGGAACAUGGCCUCGGUGCGCGCCAUCGUGCCCGGCGCCCUCAAAGAGGAGCAGUACUCGAUCCCCAUCGAGCCGGGCUUCGCCAAGUACGGGCCGGACUCCUUCGAGUUCGUCGUCGGCACCGCCGAGGGCAUCGACCUCGAGGGCAAGACGGUGCGCGUCUCCGUCGCGGCCGCCGAGGGCAAGGCGGCGGCGGGCGAGCGCGCCAUCGCCUACGACCACCUCGUCCUCGCCACCGGCACCCGCAGCGUCGACGCCGCGAUGCCGUGGAAGGCGGCCGGGUCCGGCGCCGAGGUCCUCGCCGUCGUCGCCGGCCUCCAGGAGCGCGUCCGCGCCGCCAAGCACAUCGUCGUCGCCGGCGCCGGCACCACCGGCUGCGAGGUCGCCGCCGAGCUCGCCUACGCCUACGGCAAGGCCAGCAAGGCCAAGCCCGAGGACCGCAAGGAGAUCGUCCUGCUCUCGGGCGACCCCGGCGUCCUCGGCGGCGACUCGCUCGCGUCCAGCGUCGCCGCUGAGCUCGCCAAGCUCGGCGUCGAGACGCGGCCCUCCUCGCGCGUCACCGGGUCGCGCGCGCUCGAGGACGGCCGCACCGAGGUGUCGCUGGCCGGCGGCGACGCCCUCGCCACGGACCUGUACCUGCCGACGAUGGGCAUGGCGCCGAACACAGAGUACGUGCCGCCGGCGCUGCUGACGGAGCGCGGGUUCGUCGACGUGGACGAGGCGUUCCGGGCCAAGGCGGCGGGCGCCGGCGACGUGUGGGCGGCCGGCGACGUCGUGUGGAAGCCGCGCGGCAGCUUCGUGCUCACGGACAAGCAGGCGGCCGGCGUGGCCAAGAACAUCGACCUGGCGCUGCGCGGCAAGCCGCCGGUGCCCGUCAAGACCCUGCCCAUAGACGUGAUGAUGGUGGCGACGGGCCCGGAGCGCGGCGCCGGCCGCCUCGGCUCCGUCAAGGUCUUCUCCGUCUUUGUCUACCUGAUCAAGGGCAAGACCCUCGGCACCCAGCGCCUGGCCGGCUUCGUCGACGGGAGCGCCUUCUAGAGAGAUCUCAGCCGGGGGUACGUCGAAUAUGCGUCGAGACUAGAGUGGGGGGAGGAGGAGGAGUAGUAAUAUACCGACUAGAUUCGGCGGCUCAAAAGACGCAAGACGAGCGACGACGGUGAUGAAGACGAGCGCAGCCGCGGCGGCGCGCGUGGGGGGGGACGAAGGAGGGUUAAGCCGAGCCGGACGUAAUGGAGGAGGAAAACGGGGCGGGGAGCGAGAAGGAGAAGAGGACCCCUAGAUACCCACCUCUCUCUACCUCGACCUCUUUUUUUAUAUUUUUAUAUUUUCUUGAUUAGUGUCUCUUCCUCUUCUUCCGUUUCUCUACUUCCGACAAGUUGACGAAGCACGUUGUAUGACAAUGUAUCGUACGCACGCGUGUAUGUAUGUAUGAUACGGUAUGGUAUGGGACGACGGAUAAGAAGAAGAAAAGCGGCAAUAGACCUAGUCAGACG